AUGUUUGGGUGCUCACACAUUCGAUGUCCGUGCGGUGCUCACUUUUGUUGGGACUGUCAGCGGCCAAUACAGAUAUGUUGGUCCAAGCCCUGUGAACGAGCUCGAGAAGAUGGAGAUGAGACCGAUGAUUAUGACAUCCCACAAGAAGAAAGCGACACUGACAGUGAAGCAGUCACUGCCAUUAGCGGACAUAAUGUUAGCUUGGGCGAGACUGUCACUACUGAGAACAAUAAUAGUGCAGCAGUAAAUUUCGUCAUGGAGCCGGCAACACCUGCAACAGACCAGACAGAGGCUCAAGGGAGUGUCUUUGGAGUGACGGAGGAUGCCAGUCUUCCGGCACUACCCUUUCCACAAGAUACUCAAAUCAACUCUCUUCCUACAACACAGCCGCCGGAACCCCCGGAAUCACUGGUCAAUUUGGAUGACGAGAAUUAUGAUGAGUGGGAGACACGCUCACUCGACUUCGGUGAUGAGCCGAUUGAUGAGUCCUGGGAUGCUUGGGGCUGCAUGCACCAGUUUUCAGCCGUUCACAACAAGACAAUCUUUCUCGAAAAGGGUCGCUGGCUGCCGAACGUUGAACCUUCCCUCCCUGCGCGAGUGCUUGAGGGUUUGACUAGUGCCGCGUCGACGUUGGACGUUCAUGAGAAGGAAACAAACUUCCCCAAUUUCACCAAGCAGAUUGACUGUAUGAAGUGCUACAGCACAAUCGUUCUUGUGGAGCCUUAUGCUCACCAAGCAAUCGAGAAGAUCGACCCGGAGGUUGCCACUACUCCUGAUAUACUACCAGUGGAGGGCUCUGAACCCAAAUUGGAGUGCAGGUCUGAAUCGGCGUCGAAAGCCAAGAGCAAACGCAAAGCUAAAAAGCUGUCAGAUCCACCGAAAUUGGCUAAUUGUAGAAAAUGUGGUGUUUUCUACUGCACGAACUGUAAGAAGGCCGCCAUAAAGGAGAUACACAUGACUCUGAAUAAGCAGAUACAGCAAUGA